AUGUCUGAAUUAACAGAUGCAGAAAAACGUAGGCUGCUAAGGGAAAGGAGGCAGAAGAAGUUCAGCAACGGAGGUGCCAGUUCGAGACUUAAUAAGAUCACCGGACAGGUAAGCAGCCAUCUGAACACAGAAUCUCCCUUGGAUUCUCCCAGCGUUGAAAAGACUACGCCAGUCGAGAGUGUGCGUUCAGCUACUCCAAUCAGCGGAGAGGAUAGCAACACUGCGCCACAAUUGGACCUAUUGAAACAACUUGCCGCAAUGCAGGGCCAAGGUACGGACGGAAGCUCCUCUCAGGAACCCUCCACUCCGGAUCUGCUCUCUCUAUUGAACUCCAUGAAUGCCGGAGUGCCCAGCGCAGAGGGCGUACCAUCGCUUGGUCAAGCGUCUCCCAUGGCCUCCAUCAAUCAAGCUGCUUUGGAUUACCAUGAUUACUUACUGAACAGACUAAAAGCCUGGACCAUCCUCGUCAAAUGGAUCUUUUUCUUACUGCCCUAUCUAUUCCUGAUUACAAGACCAAAUGGUACAGUGUGGCCAUCUUAUGCGUUCACUCAGUCAUCUUGGUUUGCACCUUUGAGGAACCCAUCCAAUUUUACCAGGGUUUUUGCUACAUUCGAGUUUCUUUCCAUAUCCAUCUACUAUCAAUUGUUAAAGAAUGUGGAGCACAAAAGCAAGAUUAAAAAUUUACAAGACACUAACAAACUUGUCAAGCUGAUUUCACUCGUGCCUGAGGGCAUGAUUCCUAUCUCCAAUCUGAGGGGCAAACUAGUCACGGUCUUACAAUACUGGGACCUACUAUCCAUGCUCAUUACAGACAUUUCAUUUGUGUUGAUUGUGCUAGGCUUUUUGAUGUAUUUCUAA